AUGGACUUUGCAAUCUGCCCUGUUCAACGCCCAUUCGCCGAUAUGAGGUCCCUCAACCUUUCUGCAAUGCUGCUGGUGCCGGCAGCCCCAUUCGUCGUGAGCGCUUUCGCCGACAACUGUGGCGCCCUCGUCAAUACCUUGAAGCUGCCAAACACUACCGUCUGGUUUUCCACGCCCGUCUCUGCUGGCACCAACAUCACCUUUCCGGAGAAUCACCCAACUUGCUCCCGCCCCGCGCAGGUCGUUGAGGUCGACAUUUGCCGUGUGUCGAUGUUGACCACCACUGGUCCCACGAGCAACAUAAGUCUGGAAGCCUGGCUUCCGUCCAACUGGACUGGACGUUUCCUAAGCACCGGUAAUGGAGGUACCGGCGGCUGUAUCCAAUAUGAGGACAUUGCCUACGCCGUCUCCCGAGGGUUCGCUGCAGUCGGUGCCAAUAACGGACAUAACGGCAGCAUUGGCUCGCCUUUCCUCAACAACCCAGGCGUCAUUGAAGACUUUGCCUACCGAUCUGUCCACACCGGCGUUGUCAUUGGCAAGGAAACCACCAAGGCCUUUUAUGGCAAAGAGCACACUAAGUCGUACUACCUCGGAUGCUCGACCGGCGGUAGGCAGGGCUUCAAGGAAGCCCAGGAUUUCCCUGACGACUUUGACGGUAUUCUGGCUGGUGCGCCCGCCGUUGCCUUUAACAAUCUCACAUCCUGGAGCGGUCACUUCUUCACCGCCACCGGCACGCCUGACAAGCCGACUUUCCUGUCAGCGGAUCUCUGGAACCUUGUCUAUAAGGACAUCCUAAACCAAUGCGACGGUCUUGAUGGCCAUGUCGACGGCAUCAUCGAGGACCCGGACCUGUGCCAGUACCGCCCGGAGGCUCUCAUAUGCGGCGCCGGCCAGACUGCAAACUGUUUGACCGGCACGCAGGCCCAGACAGUCCGGACCGUCUUCUCGGACCUGUACGGCCAGGACGGAAGCCUCGUCUUCCCCCGCCUCCAGCCCGGCGCCCAAACCACCCCGAUCCUCCUUGCCGGCCGCUCGUUCCCCUACACGACAGAUUGGUUCCAGAACGUCAUCUACAACAGCACUAACUGGGACCCGGCGACUCUCGGCCCCAAGGACUACGCCGCCGCCGCCGCGCAGAACCCCGGCGGCAUCGAGACCUGGAAGGGCGAUCUCUCUGGCGUAAAGGACCGCGGCACCAAGGUGCUGCACUACCACGGCCUACAGGACCCCAUCAUCAGCAGCGACAAUAGCGCGCGCUACUACAACCACGUCUCGCGGACCAUGGGCCUCACCUCUGCCCAGCUCGACGAGUUCUACCGGUACUUCCGCAUUUCCGGUAUGAACCACUGCGGCGGCGGUCCCGGCGCCAGCUUCAUCGGCAACGUGGAGGCAGCCAUCGCCGGGUUCGAGCCCGAGCGUAAUGUCCUCUCGGCCAUUGUUCGGUGGGUUGAGGAGGGCGUCGCGCCGGACACGAUCCUCGGCACCGCGUUCGUCAACGGCACGAAGGGCGGCGAGGUUGCUUUCACGAGGAAGCAUUGCAAGUACCCCACGCGUAAUGUGUACAAGACCGGAGACCCCAACUCUCCUGAUAGCUGGGCUUGUGUAUAA